UAGUCACCAAUUAUUAGAGCAUCUUAUUUUGACUCUUACUUCUCAAUCUCCUAAUAUAAAUCAAACAAGCUAUCUUCUUCUUCCAUCAACAUUGUGAGAUCAACUUUACUUCCAAAACAGAACUAUUUCUUAGCAACAAAUGCCAAUUCAAAUGGCGAAUCAUCAAAGGAUCAACUCGAGAGGUCUUGUUUUAGUCGCAUUGGCAAUGAUCUGGUCCGGAGUUGCUGCUCAAUUGAGCAGUGACUGCACGAACGUGUUAGUCAGCAUGUCGCCUUGCUUGAGUUACAUCACGGGGAACUCUUCAUCUCCGUCCUCAGGGUGCUGCACGCAGCUAGGCACGGUGGUUAAGAACAAUCCAGAGUGUUUGUGCCAGGUCCUUAAUGGUGGUGGCUCUAACAUGGGACUCAACAUUAACCAGACUCAAGCUUUGGCUCUUCCUAAUGCUUGCAAAGUUCAAACUCCAUCAAUUAGCAAAUGCAAUGCCGGAUCCCCAACUAGUUCUCCUGCUGGAACACCAAGUUCUCCAAAUACAGAAGCUUCAGGAAGUGGAUCUAUCCCAUCAUCACGAGGUGGUUCCAAUGAUGCAAGUUUAACCAAGAUGAUUGAUCUUCCUUUCUUCUUCCUUCUCUUCAUUAGUUCUUAUGCUUCAGCAUUCAUAGCAUGAGUGGUUAUUGUGUUUUGUGUUCUUUAGUUCCUCUGCAAAAUGUGUCUUUGAAUGUAUUAGUUGGUUACAAUUUGCUAAACAGAAAUUGAUUUGAAAACAAAUAAAGAGAUUCUCGUUGUCCCAAUUUA